AUGAAGCUCCUACAGAUUCUCGCCCUCGGAGUCUCCUCCAUGGAGCUCCCACGGGUCAGCAGCCUGAACAAGAGAUCAACCGAAGACGUGCUCAAACAUUUGCCCCGCAUGAUACGAGAUACUCGUGAUUAUGAUGACGAAGACGACGAUCCAGCUUUUGAACUUCGCGGCGAAUCGCCAAUGAUGACAGAGGAACAAAUUCAGGCUUCUGAAGAAUUGUACAACUCCUACAUCGCUGAUCCCAACAUCCAGAACACUCCAUUCAAGCCAAUGGACUCGUUCGUCUCAGAAAUUUUCGACAACAAGCGAGACGAUCCCGUCGCCCUUCCAGAAGAAAUCGGCCUCCGAGCUGAUCGAUCCUCUCAGGAAUUCAAGCGAUUCCUCGACCGAAACCCCUCUGGUCUCGCCAAGAUCAGCCUUCCACCAAACCUUCUCUCUGAUCUCUACGAUCCAGUCUACGAAGAAGGACCUCUGCUCUGCAAAAAGUCGAGAUCCGCUUCCGAGCGCGGAAUCGGCGCCGGUGAACAGCCAAUCCACAUCAAACCAAUCGGCUGCUGCCCAAAUCACGAAGAUGGAAAGCCAUUCGGCCCCGGAAAAGCCUGUUGCUGCGGACACGUCUACAAUACCACCAGCCACUUCUGCUGCGACGAGUCCGCCGGCCAGUGCACCGACGGCAGCUGGCACAUUUACGAAAACACGGAACAGAACAAGCGAAAGUGCUGGAAGUCGCAGACCUGCGUCACCGAGCCCACCACCAACAUCGUCGAGCUCAGCUGCACCAACAGCGUCUACCACGGCUCCACUUGCGACUUCACCUGCCCCACUGGAUUCGAUCUUGCCGGUAUCGACCAGGCCUCUUGCGAUCCGAAGACUGGCGACUGGACCAACAUUUUCGGCCAAACAGUCGAAGAAACUCCCUGCUGCAAGCGAAAGUGCGACACCAAAGAUCCCAACUACAAGCUCGACUUCUUCAUUAUUCUCGAUCAGUCCUCUUCGAUCGGCGACGAGAAUUUCCAGAAAAUGAAGAAUUUCGUUAUCAACCUGUUGAUGCAGUCGAAUCUCGGCCAGCAUGGUGUCCGAGUUGGCUUGAUCACUUACAACCGACGGCCAACUCUUCGAUUCCACAUGAACGAAAUGGAAAACCACCAACAAGCCAUCAACGCUGUCGAUUCGAUCGUUUACGAAGGACGAGGAACGAACACCGGCGCCGCCAUCAAGUGGGUUGUCGAGAACGCCUUCCGCCCCGAGUUUGGUGAUCGACCAGAAGUCCCCAACAAGGUUCUCCUUAUUACCGACGGUCGAGCCCGAGAUCCACCAGUGCUCAAGGUCCAGUCCGGCCGCCUCCAGGAGCAGUCGACCGUCUACGCCCUCGGCAUCGGCAAGCAGAUCGACUACGUCGAACUCAACCGAAUCGCCUCAGAUCCCUCCGAGCGACACGUCCUCUACGUCGACAACUUCAGCUUCCUCGAGCGAGCCUUCCAAAAGCCCACUUUGUCUAGCAUUUUCUGCGACGAAGUCUGCCUCAAAUAA